GCAUAUCUCAUUUCCAUCCAUGUCUUCCCAUUACAAUGUACAGAAAAGCUCUUUCGACAUCCCUUCCCUUCACUUUACUUCACUUAACUAAGUUCACCUCCCUUCUCCAAGCUCUCUAGUCAUAACGAGAAUUUAAGACCGUGCGACAGCAAGCAUGGCAUGGAUACCGUAAUCGACGAUACGAGCGAAAGAUAACAGAAUCAAUUAAUCGUGAUCUACAACGCAGAGACUCCGAGAUAAGAAGAUGGGACUGAAUUGAAUCGAAUUGAAUUGAGUUCCUUCUAUUCCAUCAGCACGAUUGAAUUACAUACUCGAGUGUGCUCGCACAAUCAAAAAAAUAACAAGAUUUGUCCAGAUAAGGUUAUUGAAGAAUCAUAAUCAAGCGGCCCUGGUACGAUGAAAAGGCACAUUAUUCCAGCUUGAAUCCGGAAUCCUGCAGAUAAACGGCCAUUGACCAUGGAUCAUGACCAUAACCAUCAUCGUAACGAGGUAACCAUCCAAAAAGCGGGGAAGAGCUAUUGCGGAGUUACGGAAAUUGUCUUACUCAUUGAGGAAGUUGAUAGGUCAAUUGCAAAUCAUCAAAAGUCGUUGAGAGGUUGACUACAUUGGAUCUAAUCCUGAAUGGGAAGGUGCUCACCGCAAUGGAGUACCGAUGAUUAAGCUUUUGGUGGUCCUUGGCAGAUGCACCUGCCGCAUAUGUUAUAAAGCUUCAAAGCUACCCUGGUGUACCUUAUUACAUGGCUCGGAUGAUACUCUUUCGUAUCACAUCGGCUUGCCAUGGCGGGGCAUGUCAAUAUCAUUGUGAACGAUCAUUCGCUCAGACAAGAUCUUCAUCUGCAAGUACCAUAAUUGUGCGGGCGACAUACAUGAGGGUUGCCAGGUACAAGGGGAAAUUCGAUGUUGUGUGAUCCGAGGUGUUGAUGGCAAAAUAAAAUUGACAGAGGUUGGGGAAAGUGUUAAUAAAGAGCUACAUUUCCUUACCGUCAUGUUGGUUGUUCUGCUGACUGUUCACCUCCUUCUCUAGCCACCGCUUCUUUCCUCCUUCCUUUCCUCACCGUUUCUCCCUAUUCAUUUUUGAGGAUUCAAUCGAUUGCCCGUCAAUUGAUAUCAUCAAGCUCCUUCAAUCAUGAUGUAUCCCAAAACCGCCAUUUGUGCGGGUUUGCUUUCCCAAGCUCUCCCAGCAUAUGGUGCCGUCAUGGAGAAAUUGGCUGCAGCACCUAGCGGGUGGACUGCUGCUUCGGAAACAGAUUCAACUGCAGCCAUCACCCUCACAGUUGGUCUCGCUAUGCAGAAUCUCGAUCAAUUGGAAGCCAAACUUCUUGCCGUUUCCACACCAGGAAACGCAGAGUAUGGAAAUCAUCUCGAUAUCGAUGAGGCCAAUGCUUUGUUUGCCCCUUCUGCGGAUGCAAGCAGCGCGGUUACUUCAUGGUUGACAAGCGCUGGUGCUCGAAAUAUAGUGAGCGAUGGAUCGACCAUUUCCUUCGCCACCACAAUUGAAAAGGCCAAUUCAAUGCUUAAUGCGUCAUUCAAAAGCUAUACAAGUAAUGGCGUAACGAAAGUUCGAACUACUCAAUACUCCGUCCCGGAUGACGUUGCCGAACACAUCGAGCUCAUCUCUCCAACAACUUACUUCGGAAAGACAGUCGCGAAUGCGCCAACUAAGGUCACAAAGAGAACUACUUCACCUUCGAAAGUAACAGUUGAUGCUUCUUGCUCAACAUCCAUUACUCCUAAGUGCAUCAAGGAAUUAUACAACAUUGGAAAUUAUACCCCCUCAGUUUCAUCCGGUAGCAGAAUCGGAUUCGGUAGUUUCCUCAACGAAUCAGCUCUCUAUGCCGAUCUCUUCCAAUAUGAGAGUUACUUUGGUAUCCCAGAACAAAACUUCACAGUUACUCUCAUCAAUGGAGCUACCAACGAUCAAAAUGAAGCUACUGCUUCAAGUGGUGAAGCAAACCUUGAUGUUCAAAACAUCAUUGGUGUUGCUCAUCCUUUGCCUGUUCAAGAAUUCAUCACUGGUGGCUCCCCACCAUUCAUCCCUAACAUUGACUUUCCACUUCCGGCCAACAAUUCCAAUGAGCCAUAUUUGCCAUACUAUGAGUACUUGUUGUCUCAACCAAACUCUGCUUUACCACAAGUCAUCUCAAACUCUUAUGGUGAUAUUGAAGAUACAGUUCCAUAUGCCUACGCUGUACGAGUUUGCAACUUGAUCGGUAUCAUGGGUCUCCGUGGUAUCUCCGUCCUUGAAUCCUCAGGAGACACAGGAGUAGGAGCCGGUUGCGUUGCAAACGAUGGUCUCAACACUCCAUACUUCCAACCUCAAUUCCCUGGUACAUGCCCAUACAUUACAUCUGUAGGAGGUACUCAAGCUGUAGCUCCCGAAGUUGCUUGGGAUGAUGGUUCAGGAGGUUUCUCAAACUACUUCCCUACUGCUUGGUACCAAGUAGCUGCUGUUGAUGAAUACUUGAGCAAACACAUUAGUCCAAGCACCAAGGAAUACUAUGAGAGCUACACUAAUUUCUCAGGAAGAGGUUUCCCUGAUAUUUCGGCUCAUAGUUUGACUCCUGAUUACCAAGUUGUUUACGAUGGCAAACUUUCUCCUUCAGGUGGAACCUCCGCCGCUGCUCCUGUCGUUGCUGGUAUUCUCGGUCUUCUUAACGACGCACGAUUCAAAGCAGGAAAACCAGCUUUAGGAUUUGUUAAUCCUCUCCUUUAUCUUCUCGGCAAAGGAGCUCUUAACGAUAUCACCGGAGGAGCUGCUAUUGGAUGCAAUGGUGUCAAUGGACAGACUGGCACGCCAGUACCUGGAGGAGCAGUUAUUCCAUACGCGAGUUGGAAUGCGACAAAGGGAUGGGAUCCAGUUACAGGAUUGGGAACACCAAACUUUGAGAAAUUGAAGAAACUCGUCUUGAGCUAUUGAACUCGUUCCCGACAAAGUGGAUCAGUUGAUGAUGGGUUGAGGAGCUAGAGAUGAAAAGGUUCAAAAGCCUUUGGAGGAUUUGUAUAUAACUUACGCAGAAACGAAUAAUUGCAAUAGUAACGUAAAUGAUAAUUGUUAAAAAGCAUGGUCUCUUC